GGAAGAAAGAUAUAGAAUGGAGGGAGUACUCUGUUAUUUUUUUGGAUUUAGUCCAUUAACUACCCUUAAAACACAAGCGCAAGGCGCGCCGACGGCCAACUAUGGAGCCGACGAACCAAGCACUAACAUCUACUCGAUUCUCCGACCUUAAGCUCAAGACGCCGCUAUCGGAAGCCGUUCUCGAGGCAUUGAAUAAUGGAGGAUUCGAGUUCUGCACGCCGGUUCAAGCGGCCACCAUACCUCUGCUCUGCGACCACAAGGAUGUCGCCGUCGACGCCGCCACCGGGUCCGGGAAAACACUAGCUUUCGUCGUCCCGGUGGUCGAGAUUAUACGCCGAUCUCCCCCUCCUAAAUCUCACCAGAUAAUGGGCAUGAUUAUAUCACCAACUAGGGAGUUAUCAUCACAGAUAUUUCAUGUUGCUCAACCUUUCAUUUCAACCCUGCCCAAUGUUAAGCCAGUGCUUCUUGUUGGAGGAGUGGACGUGAAAAUGGAUUUGAAUAGAAUUGAAGAGGAAGGGGCGAAUUUGUUGAUUGGCACACCAGGAAGACUUUAUGACAUAAUGGAACGUAUGGACUUGUUAGACUUUCGGAAUUUCGAGGUUUUAAUUUUAGAUGAAGCUGACAGGCUACUAGACAUGGGAUUCCAGAAGCAAAUAAACUACAUUAUAUCUCGCUUGCCAAAACUACGCCGAACAGGUCUAUUUUCAGCUACUCAAACUGAGGCAGUUGAAGAGUUAUCAAAGGCAGGAUUAAGGAACCCGCAAAGGGUUGCAGUCAAGGUUGAAGCAAAAUUGUCAAAUGGUCCUACAUCCUCUGGCCAACCUGCCUCUUCAAAAACCCCUCUAGGCCUUCAGUUAGAGUAUCUUGAAUGUGAAGCAGACCAGAAACCAUCACAGCUUGUCGAUCUCCUAAUUAAGAACAUGUCUAAAAAAGUGAUAAUUUAUUUUAUGACUUGUGCAUGUGUUGAUUACUGGGGAGUUGUUCUUCCUCUUAUUUCUUCUCUGAAAAAGCUACCCAUAAUACCUCUUCAUGGAAAGAUGAAGCAGUCUCUUAGGGAGAAAGCAAUCUCAUCAAUUACAUCUCUUUCCAGUGGCGUUCUCGUGUGCACUGAUGUUGCAGCACGUGGACUUGAUAUACCAGGUGUUGAUUGUAUCAUACAAUAUGACCCACCUCAGGAUCCAAAUAUGUUUGUUCACAGAGCAGGCAGAACAGCUAGGUUAGGGAGGCAAGGUCAUGGUAUCAUAUUGCUUUCACCAAAGGAGGAAGCAUAUGUUGAGUUCCUACGGAUAAGAAGAGUUCCACUUGAGGCAAGAGAAUUUUCAACCGAUGCUCCCGAUGUUCUUCCUGAGAUACGGUUAGCAGCAAGAAAAGACCGUGAUGUUAUGGAAAAGGGAACCAAAGCAUUCGUGUCUUAUAUCCGUGCUUAUAAAGAGCACCACUGCUCGUAUAUCUUCCGAUGGAAAGAGCUUGAGAUUGGAAAGUUGGCGAUGGGAUAUGGCCUGUUGCAGCUUCCUUCUGUGAAAGAGGUGAAGCAUCAUUCUCUUUCAACUAAGGGUUUCAUUCCAGUCCUCGAUAUAAACCUUGAGGAGAUAAAGUACAAGAACAAAGCUCGCGAGAAGCAGAGGAAAAAGAACCUGGAGGCGAAAAAGGUCGCAAAGCAACAAGAAGUGAAGAAGCCGAAGGCGAAAAACUCGAGUUCAUCAAAAGCCGCCGCCGAUAUGAAGAAGCAGACUGCAAAGAAGAGACGUGCCACUCAGUCGGUUGAAGACGACGAGGAGAUGGCUAACGAAUACCGCCUGUUGAGAAAGCUGAAAAAGGGUGCCAUUGAUGAAUCCGAGUUCGCCAAGUUGACAGGAACCCAAGACUUGCUUUGAAUGAACUAUGGCCCUUUUACUUCUGGUUUAGCUCUAAAGUGUGUUUUUGUAGCCAUAGAAUUAACAUUAGCCCUCUUGUGAUUUGUGAACAUACUUGCAAAACUUUGGAGUUAAAAAUGAGUUAAAAAUAUGAAAUUCUUAUUUUGAUGUUUUCUCAAUGUUUUACUCCUAAUAGGAUAUAUUUUUUAUGCACUUUCCUUAAAUUUGCCAAAAACUAAAAUGAGAAUUAUUUU